UUUUUCUGCCUUGAGAGGCUGCCCCGAAGUGUAGCUCCAACGCAGUGAGGACUCCAGGGUUGGCCGAGGGGACCAUGAAAAUGAACAUGGAGGACGCGGACAUGACUCUGUGGACAGAGGUUGAGUUUGAAGAGAAGUGUACCUACAUUGUCAAAGACCACCCCUGGGAUUCGGGCACCGACGGAGGGACUUUGGUUCAGGCCGAGGCAUCCUUGCCAAGGAAUCUGUUCUUCAAGUAUGCCACGACCAACCAAGAGGUUACCGGAGUGGUGAGCAAGGAGUACAUACCCAAAGGAACACGUUUUGGACCACUUAUAGGUGAAAUCUACACCAAUGAUACAGUCCCCAAGAACGCAAACCGGAAAUAUUUUUGGCGGAUCUAUUCCAGGGGGGAGCUUCACCACUUCAUCGACGGCUUUAAUGAGGAGAAAAGCAACUGGAUGCGCUAUGUGAAUCCAGCCCAUUCUGCCCGGGAGCAAAACCUGGCUGCGUGUCAGAACGGGAUGAACAUCUACUUCUACACCAUCAAGCCCAUCCCUGCCAACCAGGAACUUCUUGUGUGGUAUUGCCGGGACUUUGCAGAGAGGCUCCACUACCCUUACCCUGGAGAGCUGACGAUGAUGAAUCUCACGCCUACCCAGAACCACCCUAAGCAACUGAGCCCCGAAAGAAGCGAGCUUUGCCCCAAGAGCGCUGCCCCCAAGAGAGAGCACAGCGUGAAAGAGAUCCUCAGGCUGGACUCGAACCCCUCCAAAGGGAGGGACUCGCACCGGGCCAACAUUUCGCCCAUCGCUUCAGACAAGGACGUGGAGGACUUUCGGAAAGAGGGGAGCCCUGAAAUGCCCUUCUAUCCUCGGGUGGUCUACCCGCUCCGGGCCCCGCUACCCGAAGACUUUUUGAAAGCUUACGGGAUGGAGAGACCCACGUACAUGGCCCACUCCCCUCUUCCGUCCUCCACCACCCCAAGCCCCUCGGCCAGAAGCAGCCCCGACCAAAGCCUCCAGAGUGCCAGCCCUCACAGCAGCCCCGGGGCAGCAGGGUCGCCUCUGGCCCCGGUCUCCCAAGAACAGAGGGACCCCUAUGCGUACUUGAAUGCACCCUAUGGCCCCGAAGGCUUGGGCUCCUACCCAGGAUAUGCACCUCCGCCCCACCUGCCCCCUGCCUUCAUCCCUUCUUACAAUGCCCACUACCCCAAGUUUCUGUUACCCCCGUACAGCAUGAACUGUAACGGCCUGAGUAACAUUAGCAGCAUCAACAACUUUGGUCUCUUCCCGAGGCUGUACCCCGUCUACAGCAACCUCCUGAGUGGGGGCAGCCUCCCUCACCCCAUGCUCAACCCGGCUGCCCUCCCCAGCUCCCUGCCCACCGAUGGGGCCCGGAGGCUGCUGCAGCCCGAGCACCCCAGAGACGUGCUGGUUCCGGCGCCCCAUAGUGCCUUCUCCCUCACCGGGGCCGCUGCCAGCUUGAAGGACAAGGUGUGCAGCCCCACGAGCGGGUCUCCGACCGCGGGCACCGCCGCCACGGCGGAGCACGUGGUACAACCCAAAGCUACCUCAGCAGCCCUGGCGCCCCCCAGCAGCGAUGAAGCCAUGAAUCUCAUCAAGAGCAAACGAAACAUGACUGGCUACAAGACCCUGCCCUACCCGCUCAAGAAGCAGAAUGGCAAGAUCAAGUAUGAGUGCAACGUGUGCUCCAAGACGUUUGGCCAGCUCUCCAAUUUGAAGGUCCACCUCCGCGUGCACAGUGGAGAACGGCCUUUCAAAUGUCAGACCUGCAACAAGGGCUUCACUCAGCUGGCCCAUCUGCAGAAACACUACCUGGUACACACGGGAGAGAAGCCACACGAAUGCCAGGUUUGCCAUAAACGAUUCAGCAGCACCAGCAAUCUCAAAACCCACCUGCGCCUCCACUCGGGGGAGAAACCUUACCAGUGCAAGGUGUGCCCUGCCAAGUUCACCCAGUUUGUGCACCUGAAACUCCACAAGCGCCUGCACACGCGGGAGCGGCCCCACAAGUGUGCCCAGUGCCACAAGAGCUACAUCCACCUCUGCAGCCUCCAGGUCCACCUGAAGGGAAACUGCCCCCUGGCCCCCGCCGCCGGGCUGCCGCUGGAGGACCUCACCUGCAUCAACGAAGAGAUCGAGAAGUUUGACAUCAGUGACAGUGCUGACCGGCUCGAGGACAUGGAGGACACCAUGGAGGUGACCGCUGUGGUGGAGAAGGAAAUCCUGGCCAUGGUCAGGAAGGAGAAGGAAGACACGGGCCUCAAAGUUUCCUUGCAGAGAAACCUGGAGAACGGACCCCUCUCCUCCGGGUGUCACUUUUACGAACCCUCAGACCUGGCCCUCAGGAAGCUGCCUGCCCGUCAGCCACUACCUCUGGAACCUGUGAAGGUCAAACAAGAGACAGUUGAGACAAUGGAUCCUUAAGAUUUUCAGAAAAAUGAAAAGCGUUGUUUGCUUUUGCUGUUUUGUUGUUUUGAACUUAUGACUUGGUGCGUCAGGGUGCCUGGACCAAACGUGCUUGUCCGUAAUCCCCAGUCUGGCAAAACUCUCCCGACGGCAGGAGUGAGGCGGGAACGCCUCACCUCUGGAAUGAAGAGAAGGAACUCCAAAGUUACUGAAAUCUCAGGGCAUAAACAAGGCAAAGACAAUAUCUAUAUAUGUGUAUGUAUGUAUGUAUGCGUAUUAUAUCUACUUAUUUACACCCACCUCUAUCUAUUUGAACCCGUGUAUUUUGAGUACUUGUGUGGAUGUCUGCAGAGCCUUCCCAGUACGAAGACUAUUGCCUAGUAACUAUAAUUAUUUUUUUUCAAUGAUGAUACUUCAUAAUUUAUUAUGCAAUUUACCAUUCAGAAAGCAAUAAUUAAAAAUGUUUACAAUGACUGGAAAAAUUCCUUGUAAUUUGAGUAUAAAUGUUAGGAUUUUGUCCUGUGGCCGUUCUUUCUGCACAUCUACUUAAGUACCGUACCUAAGACUUAGCAAAUCUUAUCAUUUCCCUCAGUCAACUUCCCUCCAAGAUAUUUGAGAAUGAGGUUUUGGUAUUACCAAAGUUAAAACGGUUGAUGUGUUAAUUGGUAGGAUCAGAUAGAGUUUUAAUGGAUUUGUGCAGACUUACCCAAUCAUAGCUUGAUUAGGAAGAACAAGAGAAAGAGUCUUGUAUGUUUCUGUACCAUUCUGACUUCUCUCCCCAGUGUUACCCAGAAAAGUGGCAGGAAGGUUUGGCCAACCUGUCUCUCUCUUUAAAAAGUGCACCCUCCCCUCAAGUCAUGGAUGUGACCCUUGGGGUGGCCACGUGCCUUCUGCAUCGCAGUGUAUUAUCUGAAAAUGUGAAGAAGACAAAAUGCCAUGUUUGAAGCCACUGCUAGGCUCCUCCCAAAGCACUGGCGGUGGUGUGUGUGUGAAGUUUGGGGGCUUGAGUCUGGGUGUUGUUUUAUUGUUGGUUAUUUUAUGUCAAAAUUGCACCAUCGGGGUGCUUUAUCAGGAAGGCGUUUGAGGUAGAUGGGCUCAGGCCACACUCUGCAAAACAGAAAAACGGGUAUCUCGUCGUCUUAGGGUGAAAGCGGGUAACUGAACAUUCCUAUCCCCAACACAUCGAUUUUAUAGUUUUCUGUAAAACUGUCCGCAGUAUUUGUGUUUUUUACAUGUUAUGGUUAAUUUAAUUGAAGAUGAGAGAGCAUUGCAAAGUUGUUCAACAACAAUUACCUCAUUGAGUAAGUCCAGCCAUGCAGGAAAGAGUGUCUUAGGAUCUAAUGGUUUGCUACCCGAGAGAAGAACCCCAAGUGUCCGCCACAAGGAUAGAGUGUGUGUCGCUGUGUCCUUGUACUGCUGAAGCCAAAGACUGCUUGUCACCAUUCCAGGUGUAGCAAAGAAUGAUGUAUAUUUAUAAAUCUAUUUAUACCACUGUACCAUGUAUAUCUAUCUCUAUAUAUUUAUAACCACAUAAGUUGUGAGCCAAGCCAUGUAAAAGAACCUAUUUUACCUAAGGCCCUUUGUAUCCACUCACCCACCCCUGAAAACAAUCCUUUCCUGAAACUGGUUAGCACCCACGUCGGUGUGUGUGGACCGUGACCUAAACGUGGGUGCCGAGGGUGGACUACAUAACCGCCGAGGAGAAAGAGAGCAACACGUUGGUGUUUGCUUUCCUAUCAAGGACCAUGUAAGAUGGCUCUAUUCUUGUUCUGCCACAUUGUAAUUAAGUGGUCACACCAAAGUCAGAAAUAAAAAUCCUGCCGUCGUCUGUCGGCCACCUCGCUCCUGCUCUCUUCCUCUCCCUCCAUAGUGACCCAUUACUCAGCAAUCCGUUUGAUAGAGGACAGUUUGUUCACGGCAGUGUCAACCUCUGCAGAAUCAAACAUACUUAGGGUAAGCUGAGGAAACCUAAGAGCCUUAUCCCUCAGUUCCCUUCAGUAGCCAGAUGAACAGGAUUGUGCAUGCCUGUGUGAUGGGGUGUAGUUUGAAUCUGGGGAAACCAAAGCAUCACUCCCCGGACAGUGACACCCGAGAGGCGGUACCUUCAUUCUCAGCCACCAUUUGUUCUCAUCUUUGCCCUCGGUGCUUGCUUUCCCUCCGGCGCUUUUCACAAAGAUGUGCAGCGGCUUGAGACCGGCCCGCUUCGUUAAUGUCUGACUUUCCCUCUUAGGCCUCUUACAUGUGAAGGUUGAGCCCACAGGCAACAGUGGUUUUGUUUUUUUCCUCAAAGUUAAAACUGACCAAAGUUACUGGCUUUUUACUUUGCUAGAACAAACUAUCUUAUGUUUACGUACUGGUUUACAUUUGUUAUUUAUGUGCGAAUUGUCAAAAUGUAAAUUAAAUACAAAUGUUCAUGCUUUA